UCAAUCGCAGCAGUCUCAUGUCUGAACUCUGCUCCUUCCUACCAACCUGCCCACCCACCCUUGCUUCCACCUCCCAGCUCUCUCACUUCUCUAUCAGACCUCUCUUGUCCUCUCUUGAUGUGUUCCCUCCACUCUUUCUGUUUUUUCACUUCUCUGUUUUGUUUUUCGGGCUCAGAGGACCACCACCUGAGCCUGUAGGCUGAAGCUGACAUGGCUCCAGAGAAGGACAGUAAUGGUCUUGACAACUAUGCAUUUGCACUCGAAGGGCGUUUCUGUGAUCUACCUGACACAAAACAUGAAGAAGAAAUGGAUACGUCCAUGCACGGAGACAGCAACAAGCUAGCAUACUGUGUGACAGAUGUGCCUCCCUGGUACUUGUGCAUCAUCCUCGGCAUCCAGCACUGUUUGACUGCGUUUGGAGGAAUCAUCGCCAUCCCGUUAAUCUUGUCUCAGGGACUGUGCCUGCAGUUUGACGGCCUCACACAAAGCCACCUCAUCAGCACCAUCUUCUUCGUCUCUGGCAUUUGCACUCUGCUGCAAGUUACCUUUGGCAUUAGGCUGCCCAUUCUCCAAGGUGGAACAUUUACAUUGCUAGCACCAUCCAUGGCAAUGCUGUCCAUGCCCGAAUGGACGUGUCCUGCUUGGACCCAAAAUGCCAGCCUAGUCAACACGUCCUCCACAGACUUCAUGGAGGUGUGGCAGAGUCGCAUGAGAGCACUGCAGGGAUCCAUUAUGGUGGGCUCACUCUUCCAGGUGUUCGUUGGCUUCUCCGGCCUCAUCGGCCUCUUCAUGCGCUUCAUUGGACCUCUCACCAUCGCUCCCACCAUCUCUCUCAUUGGACUGUCCCUAUAUGACUCAGCUGGUGCCAGUGCUGGCAACCACUGGGGCAUCUCUACCAUGACCACGUCUCUGAUCAUCCUGUUCUCACAGUACCUCCGUCACAUACCUGUGCCCUUUCCUACGUACAGCAAGGAGAAAAAACUGCACACCUCUCGUGUCUACGUCUUUCAGAUUCUCCCUGUUCUGCUUGGAAUCACUUUGUCUUGGCUCAUCUGCUACAUUUUGACAAUCUACAACGUACUUCCUGCUGACCCUGACCAAUAUGGCUACCUGGCUCGCACUGACCUAAAGGGAGAUGUUAUAGGCCAAGCUCCCUGGCUCAGUUUUCCGUACCCAGGUCAGUGGGGGAUGCCGACUGUGAGCCUGGCAGGGGUGGUUGGCAUCUUGGCGGGUGUGAUUUCCUCCAUGAUAGAGUCUGUAGGGGACUACCAUGCUUGUGCCAGGCUGUCCGGGGCUCCACCUCCUCCUAAACAUGCUAUCAACAGGGGUAUUGGCAUUGAGGGACUGGGUUGUCUGUUGGCCGGAGCAUGGGGGACAGGAAAUGGUACAACCUCAUACAGCGAGAAUGUUGGAGCCCUUGGUAUUACAAAGGUUGGCAGUCGGAUGGUGAUAGUAGCCAGCGGAGUCUUGAUGGUUGUCAUGGGUGUGUUUGGUAAAGUGGGCGCCAUAUUCACCACUAUCCCAUCACCCGUGGUAGGCGGGAUGUUCCUGGUUAUGUUUGGUGUCAUCUCUGCAGCGGGAGUUUCUAAUCUGCAGUACGCAGAUAUGAAUUCUUCUCGAAACAUCUUCAUCUUUGGCUUCUCCAUGUUCUCUGGUCUGGUCAUUCCUAACUGGAUAUUUAAGAACCCCAACGCUAUUGCUACAGGUGUGGUUGAACUCGAUCAGGUGCUGCAGGUACUUCUGACAACCAGUAUGUUUGUAGGAGGUUUCUUUGGCUUCAUACUGGACAACACAAUUCCAGGGUCAAAGCAUGAACGAGGCAUCCUGGCGUGGAACAAGGCUCACGAGGAUGACUCCAGCAACACGCUUGAGAGCGGAAAAGUCUACAACCUUCCCUUUGGCAUCAGCUCUUACUUGUCUUCUUCCUCCUGGCUGCGGUACAUACCUUUCUGCCCUCCCGGUGAGCCCAGCCCGGAGCCUAAGCAGUCACUUGGACAUCCAGAGCCUUCACAGAUUAUCAUCGGAGUCGCUCUGUGAGCUGUGUGCUCACUUUGGGGAUUCUCGAAAAAUCAUCAGAGGCAGCUCAGUUUGGACUUCCUGUCCGUUUCUUAAAGACUGUACUGUAACAACAUGGUGCAAAGUGUAUAACGUGACUUUUGCAAAUGGCAUCUUGCAUAAGGUUUGUUACCUAAAGUUAGUUUUAAUAGAUUUCUAUUAAAUUAUUAAUAAUAAAAAGCUGACAUAUAUAUAUAU